AGCAUCCUCGAAACAAUCGCCCAGCAACGAGCCACCCAAUCAAGGAGGAAGAUCGCUGGUUUGCCUUUUCAUGUUCUAAGCAGGGUGGUGCAACCGAUCCAGUGGGAAGGCUCGCGCGGUGGCUAUGCGAGGCUUGUCACACGCGUGCAUGCACCCAUGCAGCGAAACAUCUUUAAGGGCCGGGCCUCGCCGUUGGAACUUCGACGUCUUUCAGCUUCCACGCCUUCCUGAUACCCUUUGUUGUUGUUUCACGGUCUCUUUGGUUUGUUCACAAGUGCGAAGGGUUACUGUGACAGAGGGACGUCUUGAAGCUUCUACCUAUGCGAGCCUCGGUUGCGCGAUCACGGCUAUGACUGGGUUCCUGCAUGCGACACGAACAGGACGAAGACGACGAGUAGCACGCUGAACGGACUUUGAAUCGACUCACGCAUUUUAGGAAUUAGGGUUUACUUUCCCGGCUCCUGCUGCAUUCUGACCAAGGAGUUCUAACCAUGGCGCAACACCCAAGCGAACCCGAGCGACGGAGUAGGAAGAAGCAUUCGCAUACAUCUUCUAAGGCGCCAAAGUCCCGAUCAACAACCAGAAAGCCGCAUGCUUCGCCGUCAGUGCCAAAUUUAUAUACUCAGGGCUAUACGCCCGCGGCUCAGACGGUUCCGACCCACUUUGUAGACCCGUAUGUGCAGAAUACGCUUAGGCCACCGCCAGGUCACCAUAGCUAUUCCACAAGUCCUCCUCGGCAUCCAGUGUAUGGCCAGAUGCCUCAAUAUCCCGCCCAAUACGGAUCGCCGCCUGUACAGAUUGUUUCGCCCUACGCUAGCCAAUCAGCAGUACGGUUCACGUCACCUCCGCCCCAGAAGCCUCGCGAAGAAGGACCCUUUAAAGAACACUGGGACAGGAUCGAUCGCAUGGCUGCCAGAUCGUACGCUGAUCUGCGAGAGGGCGCCGGGAAGAGCGUGACGAAACUGACAUCGAAUUAUAUCGAGAGGCCGACCCACGCGGUUGCGAUGAAGAGCAUGCAAACUCUAUGCCGUGGAGCAGCGCUUUGCGAUAUCAUCAGCACAAAGUUCGACUCGGUCAUGACUAGUAUCGAUGAUGAGCGGUUUAGCGGGAAAGAGCAGGAUCUCAUGAUCUACAACAAUCAGUCACAAGAAUCCUCGGGUUCAGGCGUGCCUCUGGGUGAGGCUAGUUCUAGGGGGCAGGCACCCAACGAUGUCUAUCCAAUGCUAGGUGGCGAUAAAGGAUCAAACCAUUUCUCAAAAGUCUGGCUUUACUCUAACUCGCGAUUACCACCGCACCUACCGCCUUUCAAAGUGUACAUGCCUACCUACCCUCUGCUCUGCCUAGCAGCGACGUACUCUGAGCGCGUAUACACACCUCCAGGCUCCAAGUCCAGCGAGUCGGAAACGCACAUCCCCGCCGACUGGCGCAGCGGCACGAAAGCCAUGGUGCUAAAGUCCGUGCCAGUAGAGGACCUGAACACGAUUGUUUUUGCCAUCCGCGGCAGCCAGACAUUCAUGGACUGGGCCGUCAACUACAAUUCUGCGCCCAACAGCCCUGAAAACUUCCUCGACGAUCCUUCCAAUCUAUGCCACGCGGGCUUUCUCUACGUAGCGAAGAAGAUGGUUAAGCCCGUGGCCGACCGCCUGAAAGUGCUCCUGCAGGAAAAUCCCGCCCGGUCAAACUGCAGCUUGCUCAUCACUGGCCACUCUGCUGGCGGAGCGGUCGCAGCGCUGCUGUAUGCGCACAUGAUGAGCACGAAGAUCGAGUCGGAGCUCAACUACCUUACCAGCUUCUUCAAGCGCGUGCACUGCAUUACGUUUGGCGCGCCGCCCGUUACUCUGCGACCCCUGGCCAAACCUACUGAUAAGCGCCAUCGCAAGAGCCUCUUCUACGCUUUCAUCAACGAAGGCGAUCCCGUCCCGCGCGCAGACAAAGGCGUAGUCAAAAGCCUACUGAAACUCUACGCCAGUCCCGCGCCCGCUGCAUCCACACUCGCCUCAACCAUAACGUCCAUGUCGAAAAUCAACCUCUCGCAACCGUCAUGUUCCGCACCGCCCAAAUCUAAACUCAAAAUCUCCCUCCCGCAUCGCCUUACCCGCCCUUCCAAAUCGUCUCUGCAAACCAAUAAUACUCUAUCCUCUUCCGCUGCUACGUCUACCAACCCUCCUCCCUGCACGCUCCCCGCUUGGCCCAUCCCACUGUGCAGUCUUUCGCCCGCUGGCCGUCUCGUCGUUCUGCGACAAAGAAUUGGGAGUAAACGAGGCGAAGAAGACGUCGAGGCUGUGACGGUCGAUGAUGAAAUGUUGAAGAAAGUAGUCUAUGGAGAUCCGUUGAAGCAUCAGAUGAGAGUUUAUCGGCGGCGGAUCGAGGGCAUUGCUGUGAGGGCUGUUACGGCGAGGCAGUGGUGAGUUGUAUGAGUCGAUGGACGAC